AAAAAGGAAAAGAAAAGAAAGGAUAAUCAAAAGAAGUAACUACUUUUUUAAACAAAAAAAAAAGAAAAAAAAGAAGUAACUACUUCAAGAUUUAUUCUUAAACUUAUUUUGAAAAGGGAUAAAGAGUUUAGAAAGCAUAAUAUAAGAAUAUGCCUGGGAUGAAAUCUUCUGCUCAAAAUCAAACAUAUCUAAACUGAACACCUAAAGCAGCUGGAAAUUAUAAAUGGGACACUUAGGCCAGUCUUUGAGAAGGAGGUGUAUCAUCCAUCAUCAAAACUGCUUGCUUUAGCAAUGCCUGCAAUACUAGUGUUUUUGCUGUUUCUAAACAUUGCUGGGUCUUGCUAUGGAGGGAUCACUAGUCAGUACGUUAGAAAGGUUCAAGCUUCUGAUGAUUUGCCAAUCGAGUCAUUUCCUCCGCCUUCGGAGGAUAAUGCCCCCGAGCAGGUUCAUAUAACCCAAGGAGAUCAUAUAGGACGAAGUGUUAUAAUUUCAUGGGUUACACCACUCGACCGAUUUCCAAAUACUGUGACGUAUUGGGCAGCAGAAGGCAAGCACAAGCACAAGCAUAAGGCACAUGCAGUGACCACAUUCUACAGAUACUAUAAUUACACCUCUGGAUACAUUCACCAUGCCACCAUUAAGCGAUUACAGUACGACACUAAAUAUUUCUAUGAGCUUGGAAGUCACAAAACAGCCCGCAGGUUUUCCUUUACUACACCUCCUGAAGUAGGACCAGAUGUUCCAUAUACAUUUGGAAUUAUGGGUGACUUGGGACAAACUUCUGACUCUAAUAUCACAUUGGAGCAUUAUGUAUCCAACCCAAGCGCACAAACUAUGUUGUUUGUUGGCGAUCUUUCUUAUGCAGAUGAUCAUCCAUUCCAUGACAGUGUAAGGUGGGAUACAUGGGGCCGAUUUACAGAGAAGAGCACUGCAUAUCCGCCUUGGAUUUGGACUGCCGGCAAUCAUGAAAUUGAUUUUGCUCCUGAAAUUGAUGAAAACACCCCAUUCAAGCCAUAUUUGCAUAGAUACCACGUACCAUUCAAGGCAUCGCAAAGCACAUCUCCCCUUUGGUAUUCCAUCAAGCGUGCAUCUGCAUACAUUAUUGUCCUUUCUUCCUACUCAGCAUAUGGUAAGUACACUCCACAAUACAAUUGGCUCCAACAAGAGUUCAAAAAGAUUAACCGAGCAGAGACACCAUGGCUGAUUGUUCUUCUUCACUCGCCAUGGUAUAAUAGCAACAGCUACCACUAUAUGGAAGGAGAAAGCAUGAGAGUAAUGUUCGAACCAUGGUUUGUCGAAAACAAAGUCGAUCUUGUCUUUGCUGGUCAUGUUCAUUCAUAUGAACGCUCGGAGCGAAUAUCAAAUGUGAGAUACAACAUAACAAAUGGAUUAAGUGCACCACUUAAGGAUUCUUCAGCACCAAUUUACAUAACUAUUGGAGAUGGUGGAAACAUUGAAGGUCUUGCUGAUAGCUUUACCGAACCACAACCAAGUUACUCCGCAUUUCGAGAGGCGAGCUUCGGACAUGCAAUUCUUGAGAUUAAGAAUCGGAGUCAUGCUUGUUAUACUUGGCAUCGCAACCAAGAUGAUGAAGCAGUUGCAGCUGAUUUUCUUUGGAUUUACAAUAGAUAUUGGUAUCCAGAAGAAGAGCAAAGUUCCAUUAAUAGGAUUGUUUAGGCAUUCGAAUUUUUGGUUUAUUAGGAUUGUUUUGCCAAAACCUUUCUUAGGAAUAGUCAGGUAUCAAAAUUCUCUAGCUUGUAGUCAUGUCUGUGUUUAGAGUUGCGAAUAAAAGAAAGUCUUCUUUAUGUUAAA